AUGAACACUUUCUGCCGUUUUAUCAUUGUAGGUAAAGUGAUACCGCUGUUGGAGAAUGCUGUGGCCAACGCCUCUAUUCUCACAAUCCUUGCCAUCACCAUAGAAAGAUUCAACGCCAUAUGCUUCCCUUUGAAGAGAACUCUCAAGUUCAAUGUCAGGGCGGUUGCCAAGGUGAUGGGAGUGAUCUGGGUUGUGGCCUAUCUGACGGCAAUGCCCUUUGUUUUGAUGACGUCAAUAGAAGACGCGAUCUUCUACGACGGGACGCCCUGUCAGGUGUGUCGUACGAAGGUCGAAGAACCGUGGCACUAUGGAUACCUUUUGUCCAUGCUUUCUAUUUUCUUUAUCGUACCUCUCUUCAUUCUCGUAUUGAUGUACGCCAAAAUCAUCCGGUGUCUUAUAUAUAAUUCGGCGUCAAUAUUAUCACGCAAAAACCCAAGCUUCAUAUAUAACAUGCGGACUCGUCACCAGGUGGUGCGCAUGUUAGUGGCUAUAGUGGUGCUGUUUUUUCUAUCAAUGUUUCCAAUAAGGGUGAUGACAUUGUGGAUUAUAUAUACUCCACCGAGUAAUGUGGAGGCCCUUGGCAUGGAGGGUUACUUCAACCUCCUAGCUUUCGUGCGUGCCAUGUUCUAUCUCAACAGUGCUGGUAACCCGGUCAUCUACAGCUUGACCUCUACAAAGUUCAAACUCGCCGUCCGAAGGGUUUGGGGUACGUACAGCCCCGUUAGUGGACAACGGCUCUACAAGAAGACGCAGCACAUAGAGGGGAGAGACAUGAUUCUCAAACGCUCUACAACAAACCAACUCGACACUAAUAGUAACAAUUCACGUAGAAUCUGUAUAGAAAUAUCCUUCCACUCGAUUUAG